AUGGGAAGCUUGGAUAGUGAUGAGUUUAGUGACCUGUUUUCGGGUUAUGAAUACACCUCUUCCAGCGCGGGCAUAGAGAAAAAUGUCUGCAGAAAUGAGAGCCCAGCAAUGCUGAAGUACUUUGUGGCCAUCGUCUAUGUUCUGGUAUGCCUCCUGAGCCUGGUGGGCAACUCUCUGGUGGUGCUGGUGGUCGCCUGCAACAAAGGAAACCGUUCCGUCACUGAUAUCUAUCUCCUGAACCUAGCCAUUGCCGAUUUCCUCUUUGCCCUCACAUUGCCCAUCUGGGCUGUCCAGUGGGUUCAUCAAUGGAUCUUCGGCACCUUCAUGUGCAAAACCAUCUCUGCCCUGAAGGAAGUCAACUUCUACAGUGGCAUCCUCCUCUUGGCCUUCAUCAGCAUCGACCGCUACCUGGCAAUUGUUCAUGCUACUCGGGCAGCCAUUGAGAAAAGGCACUGGGUCAAGUUUGCCUGCCUUGGCAUCUGGCUGUUCUCUUUCCUCUUUUCCCUCCCUAUGAUCCUCUACCGUGAGGUUGUGUUUGUACAUAAUUUCACCUCCAUGGUUUGUUAUGAAGUCAUUGCAGGGGAGAAAACAUCUCAUUGGAGGGUGGUGCUGAGAAUCCUGCCACAAGUGAUUGGCUUCAUCAUCCCAUUGACCAUCAUGCUCUUUUGUUAUAGCGUGACAGUGCACAGGCUCUUUCAGACCAAGAACACACAAAGGAAGAAAGCAAUGAAAGUCAUUUUGGCUGUGGUGCUAGUCUUCCUGGUCUGCUGGUUGCCCUACAAUAUCUCCCUGUUUGCUGAUUCCUUGCUAAGGACUGGUGCUAUCGAGGAAACAUGUGACCGUCGUAACAGAAUUGAUGCAGCCCUUGUGGGCACUGAAAUCCUGGGAUUUGCUCACUGCUGCAUCAACCCUAUCAUAUAUGCCUUUAUAGGGCAGAAGUUCCGGAACAACUUCCUCAAGAUCUUGGUCACGCGAGGGAUCAUCAGCAAAGAGACCCUCUCACGGUACAGAAGGGGCUCCUCCUUCUCAUCUACCUCUGGUAACACUUCUACAACUCUGUAAUAGCCCUGCAUUGAGAGAAGGUGGGGAAGAGAAAGUCAUGGCGAAAAACUGCUCAGCUACUGAUACCCUAGUCUAAAGGUCUUACGAGGCCUCAAGGCUCAGCCUAAGACCAAUUAUAGCUUCCAAUGUUAUUCUUGGUUUGACAGUGUUAAUGCCAUGAGAAAAUUACAGCCUGCUUGCCAUAAAAGCAAAUAUGUUUGUCCACCAUCCAGAAGGGGUUUUCCAUCUAAAUCUGCACAAGUUCACUUUCAGCAUCACAGAUCAAGUGACAUGUACCCCAGUCCCAGUUCACAGGAGGCAAUUUAUUUCACCAAGAAGAUUGCUGAUUUAUGCCCAACCUUAUGAAUGAUACCCCAAGAACCUCCUGUUCUUUUACAUCCCUUCUGUCCAAAGUGAGAUUUAGUGAAAGAAAUUUGGUUGGCAAAAUCUGUCAUGUUUCAUUUUACCUGAACUAUAAAUCAAAUAGAGAAUGUGCAAACUUAAUUUUCCUUCUGCCUUUGAUUCUGUACUUGUGGUUUGAUCAUUGUUUUCAAUGCAUCUAUCUCCUAUAAUGUUUAAGCUGAAUACAUUUGUGUACUUGGAUGGAAAUAUGUUUUUGUUGUAAGCUUGUCUGUGCUUAAAUCAACACAGAUUUUUUUCGUAAAAGGAAUGGUAUCCACAUAGGAAAAAGGCAUAUGUCCAUUUGGUUAGCUGAGGGGUGGAUACAGUCCUCCAGCACAUUUGAUUGCCACAGUACACAUAUGCUAAAGAUUCUGCCUGGGGUGGUUUUCCAUAUAUCUACUUGGCAGACAGGGGAAAAUGAGGGUCUGGAUUGAGCUGCUGAUGUCUGCUAGCUGCUGAUAUAAGAUGUUUCAGGAGAUAGGCACUGUUCUUUCCAGGGACACUGCCCGUGUUGUGGGUAACCCAACCAGAAGGUCAAAUAGAUGCAAUGCAGGGAUGUGUUCAUAUGGAUACAAAAUGAGUAAGAUGAUAUUAUGUGGGGCUGCCUUUGUACAUAGUCUGGAAACUGCAGUUGGGACAGAAUGCAGUGGCCAGGUUGGUCUCUGGGUCAUCUAAGGGGGACCACAUUCCUCCUGUGUUGAACGAGGUACACUGGCUGGUGAUAAGUUUAUGGGCAAAAUACAAAGUGCUGCUUAUUACCUAUAAAGCUCUAAACUGCUUAGGCCCUGGGCAGAGGCGUAACUAGGGAAAACAGUGCCUGGGGCAAGCACUGAAAUGGCACCCCCCGCGCCCCCCUGCCCCCCCAACAUACUACAUUAUACUUAGGUUUUUCCUCACAAGCGCCCGCCCCCGCCGCCAAGCCAGGCCACUGACUGGCCACCAGGCACCAGCAAAGCAAUGGAGGGGUGCGGGUGGCGCGGAAGGGACUGUUCGUGGGGGAGGGGGCGCCAACGCACUCCCUUGACUGCUGCAGCGCUGCUGCACUGAGCAGGAAACAUUUGUACUAACAAUUUAAAAAAAAAAUUUAAAAAAUUUUUUUUUGUCAUGGCGGCACCCCCCACGUGACCAGAAAAGAUGGCGCCCGGGGCACGUGCCCCCCCUAUAGUUACGCCUCUGGCCCUGGGUAUAUAAGAGAACAUCUUCUUCACAAUGAGCCCCAUUGCCUGUUAAGAUCACCUGGAGAGGUUAGUCUGCGGUUGCCGCCAGCUCAUCUGGCAGCUACUUGGGAACGGGCCUUCUCCGUUGCUGCCCCUGGACUUUGGAAUGCACUCCCUGUUGAAAUAAGAGCCUCCUCAUCUCUGGCAACUUUUAAAAAGGCAUUGAAGACACAUUUAUUCACCCAGGCUUUUAAUUAGAUUUAUAGUGUUAAUACUCUUAAU